UGGUGUGCUGCUCCUCGCCCGGUGUCCUUUGCAUGUGGCUGAAGGGUGACAGCAGGAGGAACAAUGCUGGGCAUCAUCAACCUGCAGGGGCUGACCCGGGAGCUGACACUCUACCUGGAGAGCCAAGUGCGCGUGGGUCUGUUCGGCUCCGGGGUGGGCUUGUCCUUGGUGCUGGGCUUUGGUGCAGCCUAUGCCUGUUAUUACCUCAGUGUCAUCGCCAAGAGACCUCAGCUGGUGGCCGGGGGAGAAGCCUUAUGUCGCUUCGUGAAGCAGCACUGCCCGGCGGUGACAGAAACUUACUACCCUACGAUGUGGUGCUGGGAGGGCAGAGCCCAGACCCUGCUGAGACCAUUCAUCACUGUCAAGGCGCUAGUGCAUUACAACAAUGAGCUUAUUAAAACAGCAGAUGGAGGGCAGAUUUCACUGGACUGGUUUAGUAAUGAUGAUAAUACACUCUACCCUGAUGCCGGCACAAGACCUACAAUCCUUUUACUGCCUGGUCUCACAGGGACAAGUCGGGAAUCCUACAUUCUUCAUAUGGUUAAGCACAGCGAAGCUCUUGGAUACAGGUGUGUUGUUUUCAAUAAUCGAGGUGUUUCUGGGGAAGAUCUCUUGACACCAAGGACCUAUUGUGCGGCGAACACAGACGAUUUGGAGACAGUCAUUCAGCAUGUGCAUACACUAUACCCAGAAGCUCCACUUAUGGCAGCUGGUGUUUCCAUGGGCGGAAUGCUGCUACUGAACUACCUAGGAAAAACUGGGCGUCAGACCCCGCUGCUGGGUGCGACUGUGUUCUCUGCUGGUUGGGAAGUAUUUGAAUCUGCAACUCUCCUAGAAAGACCUCUUAAUUGGAUACUCUUUAAUUACUAUCUAACAACAUGUCUUCAAGCAUCAAUUAUGAGGCACCGCCCAGUACUGGAAAAACAAUUUGACAUUGAUUAUGUUAUGAAGGCUAAGACCAUUAGAGAGUUUGAUACAAGAUUUACCUCAGUAAUGUUUGGUUAUCCAACAAACGAUCACUAUUAUAAGGAUGCUAGCCCAUGUCACAGGGUGAAAUCAAUCGAAAUACCAGUGUUAUGUCUGAAUGCUGUAGAUGAUGUCUUCUCCCCUGGACAUGCCAUCCCAGUGGAAACUGCCAAACAAAAUCCAAAUGUUGCACUGGUGCUUACGGCUUACGGAGGCCAUAUAGGGUUUUUGGAGGGCAUCUGGCCAAGGCAGCAGACUUACAUGGAUCGGAUUUUCAAGCAGUUUGUACAAGCGAUUUUUGAGCAUGGAAGUGAGCUUUCCAGCAUGUAAAUUCCCAAAGCGAUGCCGAUUUUUUUUUUUUUUUUUUUUUUUUCUUUUUUGUUUGUUUGUUCUAAGAUUAUCAUAGGGCGGCAAGUUCUAAAAUGUAGGUUCAGCUUAUGCACAAGUUAACCCUUUAGGUGCUGAUGAAUCAUGACAUUAUACCUCUAAGGAAGCACAAGGGUUAACGUUCAAUUAUAGCAAGCCGGUAAGCCAGCAAGCUAGAUCUCAGGCUCUAGCAUCAAGCACUUGCAAAUAAAUAAAUAUAUAUAUAUUGUUUUCUAGCACAGAAUUUUCAUACAGGAAUGUUAGCAUUUUAUAUUUCAUUUUUUUUUUAUGUUACCAAGAAUGACCUUAACUAUGAUUACUCUUUGCGUAUACAGAACCAUUCUCUACACAGACAUACAUUCCUCAGGGUUAUCACAUCAACCAGUUUCUCUGCCUAGAACUGCAAGCAUUACCAGAAUACAGUGUGACGGAUUUCUGCAUCCUGAUAUGUUUUAAUGUAAUGCAUGCUCAUGACGGCACUGCAAAAAGAGUAAUACUAAAACUGCAAGAAUGAAGAAGAAACUGCACAAAGACAAUAGAUAUACAUCUAUAUCUCAAGUAUAGAGUGCAAGAAAUCAUGAACUGUAGCAGUAUUAGCUAGAACCUUUAUUCAAUUCUUUCAUACAGCCUUUAAACCAUGUAUAACUUAUUUUAUUUUUCAUGUGCCCUUUCCAUAUUUAUUUUAUAACUGAUUGAAAUGUACUUGAAAUAAAUAUA